CUCCCUACUCUCCUCUCCUCUACCUCCUCCUCCUCCUCCUCCUCUACCUCCUCCCUCUACCCUCUCCUCCUCUACCUCCUCCCUCUCCAUCUACCUCCUGCGCUCUCUUCUGUCUGUCUGUCUGUCUUCUCCCACCUUCUCCAGAGCUUCACCGAGGGAGAACUGAAGAAGGUGAUCGGGACUCUGAUUGACAGGAGUAGCAAGAGGAGAGGCAGGAACAGCAGAGAGGAGAGCCAGGAGAGCUCCUCCCGGGGGACCAAGGGAGCUAAGAGUGGGCGCAGGAGGAGGUUAAAGCCGUGCUCUCUGCGGGAGGUGGAAGUGACGGUGGGGGAACUGGGGCUGGGCUACGACAGCGACGAGACUCUCCUCUUCAGGUACUGCAGCGGCAGGUGCACCGCUCGCCGACGACGCAACUAUGACAUCGCCCUGGAACACACGAGGAGGGCGGGGCACAUUAAAAAGGGGCGGAGAGACAAGGUGCAGUACAGCCCGUGCUGUCGGCCUAUCGCGUACGAGAAGGAUAUCUCCUUCCUGGAUAACAACAGUAGAUACCACACGGUGCAGGAUGUGUUGGCGCGGGAGUGUGGCUGUGCGUGACCCUGGGGGAGGUGUGUAAACGUUUAAUAACGACCACAUCCUCUGAACCACCAAUGAAUACUGGCUACUGGGAUGAUAUCAUGAGAGAAUAAUAUGAUGUCUCGGUGUGGAUACAACGCCUCAUGAAAAGCGAAACUUGUCAUCGCAGGUGUUAUGGCCACAUGAUGCAGGAAGUGUCUGCUCAGGAGGGGUUGCUGUGCGCGAUCUCUGAACAUGGGGCCUAGUCGGAAAGUUUGGUGGAGUUUUUUCUUUAUCCAUCUCGUUGUACUGGCAGCUUUGCCUUCGAAGGCAGCAUUCAGGAGGACCCAGCAUUAAAAUAAAACAGCAAUAUGCUAUAUCAAAUAGAACAGAGUUCAUUGUUAUGUACAGUGUUUCUGUUGGAUACAUGGAUAUUACCCACGGAUACUGGAUUACAGCGAAAACAGGACGAUGCCUUCUGGAUGACCUUUGACAUUGGACCAAUUCAGGAGGGCGACAUGUUGGCGAACAUUCAGACAGAUAUGAUUGUCUGUCACGUGGAAUAUAGGGACUGUAUCGUAUGGAACAGAUAUGAUCGUCUGUCACGUGGAAUAUAGGGACUGUAUCGUAUGGAACAGAUAUGAUCGUCUGUCACGUGGA